AUGUCCUCCUUCGAGAAUCUACCUCAAGAACUCUUUACUGAUAUCUGCACAAGAUUAACAAUCAAGACUAUCGUUCAAAUCAGCUGCGUUUGCAAAUCAUUGAACGCUCUCAUCAAGAACCCUAAUUUCAUCGCAGCACACACCAACAGAACGAUUGCGGAGCCGGAGACGAACACUCCAUUACUACUACUCAGGUACCACUCUCACCCCGAGGACAAAGAGCACUUCUCAAUGCAUUGCGACAACGAAACAUUCGAUGUACGUAUGACUUUGGAUAGUUCGCAUAUUAUUUGCUCGCGUGGUUACUACAGGAUAGUUGGUUCAUGUAAUGGUGUGAUUUGUUUGUGCCGCGAUUCAUUAGGUAUCACAAACGUUGUUGUUGUUUGGAACCCUACCAUUAGAAAGACCUUCCGUGUUCCGAUGGCACCUAGUUUACUAUCGUGUCCUCUCCAUGACAGCGUUGUUAUACGGUUCGGAUUCGAUUCUUUGACUGACAACUUCAAGAGUAUUAGAAUGGUGAGUUUUUGGGAUUCGGAGGCGAAGACUUAUAGGGUUCCUGAGCUUGAGGUUGUGCUGUUGUUCCUCCAUAUGACUUGGCUGACGUCAUCACUCCCCAUGAUUGUUCGCAUGUUUUUCUUAAAGGGGCUUCCCAUUGGGUAG